UAAAAUGGCAGCUUAAGCUAUUAAAGUGAGCAGCUUUUAAUCAUUGGCCGCAGGAAUCCAAGGUUGCAAGGGGAGGGAUUAAAGUCUUUGAACGGCAGAUCCACAUCACAUCUCCACAUCUCUGAUCCCCGGACAGGGCCCUUCGCCGAUGGUGCCCAGAUUUCGGCCGGAGCGCGGAUUCAGGGAUGCGGCGUCACCAUGGGUCUCAUGGAGUUUUACUCGGAGAUUGAUCCAGUCACACUAAACCUCAUCAUUCUCAUAGCCAGCUACGUGAUUUUACUUCUAGUCUUUCUCAUUUCGUGCAUCCUGUACGACUGCCGAGGUAAAGACCCGACGAAAGAGGAUGUUUCUGAGCCUCCAGCCCCGCAGCAGCAGUCGCCUAUCCGGCUGGUGGUGAUGCAAAACUCGCCCGCUUCUUCCAGGUUCAACGAACAGAACAACACCGCGUCCAACUUCGCGCCGCUCACGCCGGACAUGCGCGAGAAGAGAAGCACUCUGGUCUGACAAACAUACACACACACAUACUGAUGAAAGACUUUCAACUAUUAACUUUUGGACACUUAUUCAGGUUUCUACAAGUUGAUGAAGCUGAAAUUUGAAUCUAAUUGGAGCUGAAACAGAGCAUCCGCCGCCAUUCAUUAGUUUAUUGUGGACCAUUUCAUCAUGGAAAUGGAGUUGUUUUAUCCUCUGGACACUGGAUAGAGGCUAAUGUCUGGACACGUGUACACUCACAAUGAUAUCUGCAUUCCAAACCACGUGUGAUUCUGCGGAUUCAGGCAAAAAAAAAUGUAGCUCAUAAAACAAAAGUUACUUCUUUUGAAUGUGUCUGUUGUAAAACUCAAAAGUGUGUGUGUUUGUAAUUGUGUAAAUAUAUAGGUAUAUUAUAAAGCAUACAUGUACAAUCAUUUGGAAAAAAAAAUGUU